AUGCACAGAGACCCUGAUAACUUUCCCAAUCCAGAUGACUUUAAACCGGAAAGAUUUUUAGCCGAAAAUAUUGCACACAAUUCCUAUGCGUACCUACCGUUUGGGGCCGGACCUCGAAAUUGUAUUGGUAUGCGACUGGCCCAGAUGGAAGUCAAAGUGGCCUUGAAACCCCUCGAAUGCCACUUCACUGGAGGGCUCAUUGUUCCCAAACAGGUCGAGCUUACUAUUUUAUAA